AUGCACUGUCUGCUCUCCUAUGAGACGACCGAGAGGUCCUUCAAGAGCAGCGUUCGAAAUGUGAGCCACCGAAAUAAGACCUCCAUCUUUGACGCAGUUGGAGAUGAAAGAAGAGACUCGAACAGCAGCUCCACCGAUAAAUGGAGGAAUAAAAAAAUGAUUGCACCUCCCCCUGGAGAGAUUAAGCAAAUACUGCAGCAGGAGCCAUUUCACCUGACGAGCAAACGGUGUGGAAGGAGGAUUCACCCGGAGGUGGCAAGUGGAAGCAUCUUCUCCAAGCAGAGGUGGUAUAUCUCUCCCCAGUAUAUCUCUCCCCCGCCCUUCUCCAAACACAUCCUCCUCCCCACGCAUCCUCCCCCCACCAACGACGACCGCCGCAGCUCGAAGAAGACGAGCAGCUACAGCCUCAGCAGCAACCCCUGCAGGUGGGGAGUCGACGUGCUUAGGUACCCUUUGCCCCCCCCGCGGAGGAACUACAGGCACGUGGGGAAUUUAUCGACCUGCCUCGUGCCCAACAAAAGCGCCGACACGUUCAUCCCCAAGAAGAGCCCGAGCCACUACGUAACCCAGUUGGAGAAAUCCCUGUGCCCCAAGGAGAGCGCCUCCACCCAGGGCUGCAGCCGAAAGCAGAUUCGCUCCCACCCGUCCAAGCUGGAGAUCAACUGCAUCCCAAAGGACCUCGAACAGAGCGAGACGAAGCCCGCUUGCACCCCUCGCCGGGAUAACCUAAACGCAGACCUCACCCCCAUCGAUCACGUCGGGAGGAGGCCCUUCCACAUAAACACCACCUGCAGGAAUAAGCAGUGCUCCGUUGCCUUUGACAGCGCCAGAGAGCCGUCGCCGUUCAGGCCAGGGAAGCGAAUCGGGUACCUCCCCGCCAAGAGGGAGCACUCGGUCGUUUUGUGUUGACAACCUCGUCCGCGGGAGGGGAGCGACCAACCAGUCUAUCAUGCCGGCCGUGGGGUCAGGCCCCCCCCAGACGCGAACCGAAUCGGGCGAAAUGGAUCCAUUUUACUUCUUUAAUAUGCCUUUCAAUUGUAAAAGAAAAAAAAAUAAGGGAAAAAAUAAACGCCUCCACUUCUUGGCCAUUUCCCCCCCUUCUUUCCGGCCGAGCUGCAAAGUCGCACCUGCGAGAGGGGCGAGGAAGGGGGAGAGGAGGGCUCCGCGUGGAGCCACUCGUUCGCUUAAUUUUUUUUUACUUUUCGGGCAUGUCUCCCUUGGAGGGGUGACCCCCCGCGGGGGUGCUACGAAGCUACGAAACUGUGAGGCGGUGCUGCGAGCCUAUCUGCCUCUAAUGCCGCAGACACUUGUGCGCACCGCCCGUUCGUGCCGCUCUCCACAGCGCACUUGACUUGACUUGACCUGUUUUUCUUGCGAGAACUUUCACGUGCAACUUUGCCCUCGUGGGGUUA